GCUGCUGGCCGGAAGUAGGAAGAGGAGUGGCGGCGGCGACAGUGGAGGCGGCGUUGUAGUCUCCCUGGUGCGGUUUAAAGAAGCGGCGGCUUCGCGGGGUCCGGAGAUGGCGGAGAAGUUCGAUCACCUGGAGGAACAUCUGGAGAAGUUUGUGGAGAAUAUCCGUCAGCUUGGCAUUAUCGUCAGCGACUUCCAGCCCAGCAGUCAGGCGGGGCUCAACCAGAAGCUAAAUUUUAUCGUGACUGGCUUACAGGAUAUUGACAAGUGUCGACAACAGCUUCAUGAUAUUAGUGUCCCUUUAGAAGUUUUUGAAUAUAUUGAUCAAGGCCGUAAUCCCCAGCUGUACACCAAAGAGUGCUUAGAGAGGGCUCUAGCCAAAAAUGAACAAGUUAAAGGCAAAAUUGACACUAUGAAGAAAUUUAAAAGCCUGUUGAUUCAAGAGCUUUCUAAAGUUUUUCCAGAAGACAUGGCUAAGUACCGAAGUAUCCGAGGUGAAGAUCAUCCCCCUUCUUAAGUAGCUUGUUUUCAUUGUGUUGAAGAAGCCUGUUUACAACAUUCGCUAAAUUGUCAUGCCUUUUUGAAAUGUUUGUCUGAGGAUACUGUGCUUUAGAUGAAAGUGUUCUUGAAAUGUGAAUCAGGAACAGUUUUUCAAGGCCAUUACAUUUUUCCUCAAGACCUUUAUGUUUCAAAAGAACUCUCACUGGACAUUGGCACCUUCUCUUCAAGUUAUACAGGAUACGUAUAACCAGCUAUCAUUUUUCUUUCUAUGAGUGGUACUUCUUAGGACUAAAAUGAACGUCUUUAUUGUCAAGUGCCAGAGCAUUAAUGGUUUAUAAUCUCUUCAAUGUGAAUUGACAUUGGGUUGGGAAAUUGUACACAGGAAAAAAGGUCACCAUGGGAAAUGACUGUUAUUGUCAGCUUGUUUAUUUACCUGGCCAAGAACAGUUAGACCGGUGGAAGACUUAACAAUUUGACCUCAUGUUGUUUUUUCCUUUGUGUGCUUUCCAUUCCAUUUUUCAUUGUAAAAAAUUGGGGGGUCCAUUGUAGAAGUGGCUUACAUGUGAUUGGUGGUAUUUGUAUUUUGUACAGUUUAGCUUUGAUGCAUAACUAACAUUUUUAGUUAACUAUAUUUACAUUUACUACAGUUAAGCCAAGUAUAUAUAAUAAAAUGUUUCCAGAUAC